CGGGGCCCCUCCUGCCGCCCCAGAGCCCCCGAUCCCACCUCCGCCAGGAGCCCCUUCUCCCGCCCCACAGCCCCCGCUCCCACCUCCUCCAGGGUCCCCCCCUCGGGCCCCGCCUUCUUCUUUACAUCUGCCUGGUUCGGGGGCCCCCUCCGGUGCAAAGGGGGGCAGAGAUGCUGUUGCUAAUGCGGAAGCUGCAGCUUCGCCGGGGUCUCCAAACGCAUUUCUUGAUGAUAUUAAAAGAGGGGUGCUCGAAGAGUCUGACGAAGAGGAUGAGUUCGAUGAAGCUGACUGGGGCAGAGAGAGACAGCAGCAGCAGCAGCAACAGCAACAGCAGCAGCAACAGCAGCAGCAACAGCAGCAGCAGCAACAGCAACAGCAGCAAUAG